AGAGAAGGGAAGGGAAAUAAAAGAUCAGUCUGAGUUCAAAUUAAAGGCCAGGGGGAAUAGCUCUGUCUUACAGGCCUGGCAGAAGGAGGUUAAAUCCUGUAGGGCCCUAGUUUCAUGGGACAGAGCAUUCCACCAGGUUGUUGGAGCCAUCACUGAAAAGGCCCUGGCCCUGGUGGAGGAUUGUCUGACUUCCUUAGGGCCUAGGACCUCUAAACCUUAAGGUCCUCUGCGGGGCAUACCAGGAGAGGCGGUCCCAUAAAUACGAGGGCCCUAAUACGUCUUUUCACUUUUAUUUUUUUCACACUUCUUUUUUCCUUAGAAUUUUGCAGGUAAAUACUGCCCUAAUGUACUGUUGGCACUUUGCAGCAAUGUGUCACUGUAUACAUAAUAUUUUAAUUUUGUAGCAUAUGUGCCUAUACACAAUGUCUAAUUUUUAAAUGGAAAAAAUGAAAGUCUUUACCCCAAUUCAUCCCUUUGCUUUUCAAAAUCCUCUGUAGACAGAAUCAUAAAAGCUGUAAUCAGAAGAGAUGUACCAAAUGAUUGCAUUUUCUGUUCAGUUUCCCUUUGAGUUUUAAUUGAUCAGUUGGGAACCACUACUUUUAUCUUCAUUUGACACACAACAACUUAUAGUACCGUACUUAGGUCAGCUCUUGCCCUCUAAUGCGUAGAGCUUUGCCUGUCGGUUGUGAACAUUUGUUGCCUGAAUCCUUGGCAAGGCUAGUGUCCUAUCAGCAGGACUGUGUGUGUAUAGGCAUGUGGACAUGUCACAAGUUCCGUGCUCUUUCUAACAGCUUUUUUUUAAAAAAACUUUUUCCUAUCCCUCUUAGUUCUCCAAAGAGACUCUAGGCUGCUAAGAAGCAGUAAUGAAAACAGAAUAAAACAAGCACAAUCCUAUACACUCAGAUUAAUAAAUUAACCAACCAACAAUCUUAACCGUUCCAGCAGCACAGAAAUAACAUAGAACUGAGGCAUCAAAAUAACAUUAUUAAUUGAAGGCUCCUCCCCCCCCCCACAAAAAGCCAGGUCUUCACCAACUACCUGAUAGACCCUUGUUGGCAAGGAAUUCCGUAGGGUUGGUGUUACAGCAGAAAAGACAUUACUCCUAGUUGGCACCAGCCUCGCCUCUUGAGGUCAAGGGAUUUGAAGCAGGGCCCCAGAUGAUGAUUGGAGUGCGCAUAGAGGACAUACAGGAAAAGGCAACUCCUGUGCUGCCAUGCUUAAGCCGUUAAGGGCUUUAAUGGAUAGUACAAAAGCAGUCAGAGGAGGUACAACUGUGGAGGUGUACAGUGGGUGCGGGCUGACUUUUGACCUGCUUGUAGCUAUGCUUAGGCUUUAACUACAAGUUACAGCAGGAUGUCAAACAUGUUAGAAUGUGUAGGUUGUGCUGAAUUCCUGUGAAGAAUGGCGGGCUGCUGGAGCAGUUGCUGAACUCUUUCUUUCCACACCCAAUCACUGUUCCUUCCCAACCCAUUCCUCCCCAGCCAUUUCCCCUUUUGAUGGAACUUCAAAAAUGGGGGGAGGGGGGACCGUUCACUUGUUCAGCAGUGUCAGUUCUUCCUAUCCCAUUUCCCAGCUUUGUUGGAUUUUCCAACACAGGGUCUUGUGCUCCUCUAUUUCAUUUGCCUUUGAGAUAGCUGGGAGGUGGCUCUACAGGAGAUGUGACUUGCUGCUGCCUCAGCAUGGAUGUCUGCAUUAUUUGGAUGCCGACUAUUGCUAUAGAACAGGGGUGGCCAAACUCCCAAGAGACUGCGAUCUACUUACAGAGUUUAAAACUGGCAGUGAUCUACCCCCUUUUUGGGGUUCAGGUCAAAGUUGUUGAGCUUAUUUGGGGAGGAGGAAGGCCCUUUUUUAAGGCAUUCAGAUCAAAGUUGUUGUUGAGCUUUUUUUAGGAAGACGGAGAACACCAUUUGGGGGGUGCAGGGCAAAAAAAAUUGAGCUUUUUUUUAGGGGAGCCAAAGUUGUUGAGCUUCUUUGGGGGGAGCCAGUGAUCUACCAUUGAUCUACCACAGGCAUCCAGUGAUCUACCAGUAGAUCACGAUUUACCUGUUGGACGUGCCUGCUAUAGAAGUUGAUCCCAGGCAGUGAGAGUUGCAAAAGACGUGAGGUAAUGUAUUCUUGGUUAAGCAAGUUUUACUUUAUAGUAGAGCAUAAUAAUAUAAGAGCAGCCAAAGGCCUAGUUCAGCAUCUUCAACCAAUGUGACCAUCCACAUGCCUGUGAGCUGCUGGCAACAGUCCUCUUCCAACUUGUGUUCCCCAGCAACUGGUACUCAGAGGCAUACUGCUUUUGAUGCUGCUGGUGUUGCAUGGCCAUCAUGACUAGUAACCAUUGAUAGAAUUAUUGGAUUUUAUCUAAUCUCAUUUUAAAGCUGUCCAAGUUUAUUACCAUCACCACAUCUUGUGAUAGCAGAUUCCAUAGUUUAAUUGUGCACUGUGUAGAAGUGCCUUCCUUUUUCUGUCCUGAAUCUUCCAACAAUCAGCUUCAUUGGAUGGCUCCAAGCUCUCUAGUAUCAUGUUCUCCCCCUGCAUUUCUAAAAUCCCCAUGUGGCCCAGACCCAAACCCAUAAUCAUUUUUGUUUUGUUUUUCUGCACCUAUUCAAUAUAAUAUAAUAUAAUAUAAUAUAAUAUAAUAUAAUAUAAUAGCCCUUCAUUGCACAUGCUUUUUUCCUUGCAUCUCCAGUUAAAAGGAUCUUGGGAAGCAGGAUUGGGAAAUAUUUCUGUUUCUGGGCUCCUGGAAAGUUCCUACAAUCAGUGUAUAGGUUUUAAUGGACUUUGUGGAUCAUAGGUCAAUCUUAAUAUAGUUUUAAUAUAUUAUAGCCCUGAAUGUUACAAAUCUUCUUGAACAUGAAUUUUCAGUUCUAUGUAGAACAGCUUUUACGUUUUAUGUGUGUGACUCUGGUAAGAUGGUGUCCUAAUUGUAAUACAUGGACAGCCAGUCCAUGUAAUGAAUUUGAAUACAGCAAGGAGACACUUACAUUUUUUCUUUAGGGUGUUUUGUAUCCAUAGUAAGGAAAAACCAGCCUAAACACCUGUGAUUUAUUGAUUUGCUUUACAGUACUAAAGCUGUUAAAUUACUAUUCUACAAGCUGAAAAAAGACCAUUAUCUAAUUGGCUUUUGGUUAGGAUGAUGCUGAUUUCUAGGUCAGCGUAAAACAAAUGAGUGCUUAAAUUGGUGAGGAGCAGCUGUUCUAGAGUCCCUUUCCACAUUGCCUAGCUUUAAGGAUAAAUAUGUCACAUUUUAAAUUAUGAUAGGCUUGAUAAUUGAGCUUUACCUUGUUACAUAUACUGAUGUGCAGUGCUUUGUCUGUGAGACAGAUUGUUCUAUCAUGGUAGCAGAAAUAUCCAUAUAGACGUUGAUUUGAUUUUUCCAGACCAUUUGAAUCUAAGAUGUUAAUCAGAGUGGGAAGGAAUGAUACUCUUGAAUGUAGAAUGUGCAUUUAACAAUAUUUUUUUUAAGUUCUUAAACACACCUGUAGUAGUAUUAAAGAUGCUUCUAAUCAUAUACUGUUUAAAAAUAUUAAUGCAAAAAUAUUUUUCUUAAUAGCUCCAAAAAGAACAUUCAGGUUUUGUACUUAAUAGCUGUACCAUCUCUUGGCUGCAGAGAAGAAAUUCUGUGGAUUGAACCCUACUUGUUUCAAUUAGCACAUUUUCUUCCUUGCCAGUUAUAGGUACCCUCAGGUGCCUUUUCACUUGCUACAUCAUUUGUCUAUCUGCUGUUGCUUGUUAUUGAUUUCUAACUUCAAUCAUUUAUACAUUUUAAAGCAGUGAAUGUUACAAAGCAUCUUUUGCAGUCUUUCUUCCUUGUGUUAGGAAGAUGAGAGUAUUUACUUCAGUCACUUAGUAUCUUUUUCUAGGUUUGUGUAACAAACGUCUGUUUUACUUUAUUAUUAUUAUGUAACCACAUUAUUAUUAUAACCACAGUCUGUAUAUAAACAUAACCUGUGUGUGUGUGUGUGUGUGUGUGUGUGUAUGCUGUUUGCUUACAACAGUAGUUUUAUUUUAUGUAUUAUUUUCACGUAUAUAGUCUUCCCUUCACUACAUGGUCCCAGGGUGUGGUACAUAUAAAAUAAUGCAACCUAAAAUGCAACAUGUAAGGUCCUUAAAAUAAAAAUGAGUAGGCACAUGAGUUACAGUACAUAGUUUGUUUACCUAGGACAGGGGUCAGGAACCUUUUUUAGCUGUGGGCUGGUCCACUGUCCCUCAGACCAUUUGGUGGGCCAGACUAUUUUUUUUGGGGGGGGGGGAAAUGAACAAAUUCCUAUGGCCCACAAAUAACCCAGAGAUGCAUUUUAAAUAAAAGGACACAUUCUACUCAUGUAAAAACGCACUGAUUCUCGGACCGUCCACGGGCCAGAUUUAGAAGGCGAUUGGGCUGCAUCUGGCCCACGGGCCUUAGGUUGCCUACCCCUAACCUAGGAGGAAAUAGAGGUGUCAAAACAAUGCCUAAGGCUGCUGUUGGAGAAAAGAGAAAAUUUUAAUUUUAUUUAGUUAAAGAAUUUUACUCCACUGACAAAGGCUUCCAGUAUACGCUAUAAAUAUGAGAGUCCCUGCACUUAGGUUUACUGUCUGAGAAAAAUACAACACAAAAGGAAAAAGGACUUUGGAGGGAGGAGACAAAAAACAAACUUAGGCCCUAGUUACAAAGUUGAGCUAUUGUAAACACAAUGAAGAAGUUUGGAUUCUUCUCCAUCUAGUAUUCAGUGAUGGUAGCUGGGGGAGGGGCUCUUGCAUGAAGCUGUAUCCAUGCAUGAUGGAGGUUGCCUGACCCCUGCUUCUCUGCAACCCUCCUUCCAGACGAUUGCAGUGCUUCCACACUUUGUGUUAAAGCAGGAACUGUUAUUAAUGGACUUGAUUUUAGGGUCGGGAGGGUGGUCACAAAUAGCAGAUUGCAAGCUCGGCUGAAGAGUUCUUUUCUAUGAGCUAUGGGGCAAAGUUGCAUGGAAUACAGAUCUUUAAUUUUCUAGUAGAAACUGAAUAAAUUGUUUGUGGGAUACCUAGAUUAGAAGCUCAGGCUAAGGAAGGAACGUUCCCAAUAAAUAUUUUGGACAUUUUUUUUCACAUGGGCAUGUUUGAUUUUGUGUCCAUGCAGAUUGAGUUGUUGGUCGCUGCCUACUGAUUUGGGAAGCAUUUGUUGAUAUUAAGGUCUAGAUGGACUGAAUUAACAUUAAAGGUCUAUGACAGGGGUUCCCAAAAUUUUUUUCUCGAGGACCUCUCAUCGAGCCGCUAUUGUGACAAGGACCCCCAUUAAUUCCUAAUCCUAAAAUUAAAAAGUGAGAGCCAAAUUAAGAGUCUUUUUAUAUUUUAUAUUUAUACUUUUUUACAGUUACAACAGAGUACUCCAUCAGUAUACAGUUAGUUUUAAUUUUCAGUUCUUAAUGAGAUGAACCACUUUUUAACCAAUGGUCCAUUUUUAACUACGUGAACUGUAGCUUCUGCGAAAAACAACGCUUUGUUUACAAACACUACUGUUUUGCAAAGAGGCAGUGCGCGCCAGGGAGGAGGGAGGGGAAUGGAGAAGACAGGGUACCUGCGCAGUAGCACACAAAUGAAGCCGACGCAUGCAAAGCAUCUUGGGGAGGUGAGCGUUAGUAGAAUGCGCGCGCUGCCUCUUUGCAAAACAGUAGUGUUUGUAAAGCGCCACCUAACGGCAUACAGCAGAACUACUGCCUCUAUCUAAUUCUAGUUUGGCGCUAGACUCUGCUUAUGCAGGAAGCGGCCAAAACAAAAAAUCUGUUAUCAUACGAAAUAUAUUUAAUAUAUUUUUUUAUUCUAAUAGCAUCUUGCGGACCCCUCUGGCAUAGCUCGCGGACCCCUGGGGGUCCGCGGAGCACCUGUUGGGAACCACUGGUCUAUGAUAAAGGUCUACAUUAGUAUAGGAAGAGAAUAACAGGUAAAGACCGAAGGGUUGCCUCCAGAACCUAAACGAAGUUGAUUUUCUUCAAACAAACUACCAGUAUAUUCAAAAUUAACCACAGUGUCUCAGUUUGAGAAACACACAAACUGUAUUGAUGCAAAUUUGGAAACAAAGAUUUCCAGACUCUUGGCAACAUAGGGGAGGAGCAUGAGAAUCUACUCUAAGAUGCCAUAUUUACUUGAUUACCUUUUUUGGCCAAAUUACUUGAUUACCUUUUUUGGCCAAAUUGUGAAAAUUAAGGUGCGUAUUAGAUUUGAUGGUGCAUUACUCGAGUAAAUACGGUACAUUUGGUCUCAGAGGCCUGCCUCCAUACACUCUCUGGAACAAGAGCUCUUGUUGCAAAAGUUCCCUUUCUGGUUGCAAUAAGUGUUCCAUCCUGAGGCCAGCUGAAGUAAUAUUGAGCUAGAAUGGAAGAAAGGAAUUUGUGUCUGCUAGUCACUUAGUAACAAAUCUAUGGCAAAGUGACAGUUUUUAUUGAACAGCAUCAGAGAUGGAGAGAGUUCUGGAAGAAAGACACAUGGGUGGUGUUGCCAGCCUUCUUGCCCAGUUGUGUGGCAGAUAACCAGAGUAGCAGCCCUGGUGGUUCCGAUGGCUCCAUCUUGAUGCUGGAUAUGCCUUCAUAAAUGUAAUGAAGUUUGUAGAGUUGUAGGAGGCUGCCUGGAGCAAGUAAGUUGGUAAUCACAGAGGAACAGCUGGGAGCACUUUUAUUACUGUUGCUGUUCACGCUGCGAGCCUCCCUUGUGAUCCUUUUAAAGAACAGGGCGCAUGGACACAUGGUACACUUGUUGUCUGUGGAAAGCAAAAACACAGAGUUAAUAGUUCUGUAUGAGAAUUUUUUCACAUUGGUUCAAAAUGUAUGUUUUGUUUAGGAUAGGAUAGAUUUUGGUCUAGCCUAGGGAAUAACCUCUUGUUAGCAGGCAUAUAUCGGCAACUAUAAUGUACCAGUUUAGGGACCUUGGCUGAUACAGGGUUGUAUCCAACUAAGUUCUACUCAGAAUAAACCCAUUGAAAUUAAUGGACCUGAGAUAACUAUGCCCAUUAAUUUUAAUGGGUCUGCUCUGAGUAGGACUAGCACUGGAUACAACCCAUAAUUUGUACUAUAAAACAUGUUGAUCAGUGCACAAGAUGAAUGUAAAGAAAAAGGAAGUGACCAGAGGAAACCUGGUCUACAGUUCUAACCCUGUGGUCUGAAUAAUUGAAAAUUAGUGAUUUUGUGAAAACUUCUGUUUAACUUUUAUGCUUGCUUUAUAUCAGCACAUGGCUAGUUGAAAAAUAUUGUCUUCCAUAUUUUGUUUUUAGAGACUGUGCACUGCAGACCCUCUUGACAUUUGAAGCAGGUAGACAGGGUAAUAGCUUUGAUGGCUGCAGUUUUCUUCAGCCAGAAGUAAGAAAAAACAUUGACUUAGGAUAGAAUUGGAACAUAGAGUGCAGUUUCAGCUGCACCUUUGCCAUUUACUAAAAGCCUUGUGAGGCAUUUUGACAGUGCUCGGAAAUUAUGGAACCUUAAGUCUUCAAAUGGCUCAUCUUUAGGAGUAGAAAGUAGAUAACAUCAAUAUAUUUGUUCUCUGCAGCACUAUUGCUGUUGUCUUUUUGUAUUCUGGCAAAGCACCCCCCCCUUUGUAAAAUAGUUUUGACUAGUUUUUGCAAUACAAGCUAUCUAGUACCAAGAAAUCUCUAUUUGUUAGCUAAGAAAAUUAGAGGCUUUCAUUAUGAGAUACCACCUAUUCUUUGCAGAGUCGUUUAUAUAUAGAUCUCAUGUACUGGCUUUUCAAAGUGUAACUAGCAAUGAAACCCAAUUUGUGAGGAAUUCCCUUGUGUUUGAGACCAAUACAUACCAAGCAAGGUCAUGUUUCUGACUAUUAGUUGUCUUAUAACAUACAUUAAAAUAGAUGCAGUGAAAAUAAAAUUUGGGUUAAAAGAGAGAAUUCUCUCUCCCCAUCACUGAUACAAUACAGCAUGAAAAUAUUAAACUUCACAGAUGGACCUUGGUUUGGAUGUAGAAAAGUAUGAGCAGAACUUACUUUCCUGUUUCCCCCCUUCUGCUGCACCCCCCAAAAAAACAUCACUAAGGGUUGAGGUCACUUUGGAAUGCAUAUAGCAGGGUUCAGCAAACGUUUUCAGCAGGCGGUCUCAGACCUUGGGGGGGGGGCAGACUAUAUUUUGGAGAGAGAAAAAAGAAUGAAUUCCUAUGCCAUAAAUAAAUAAAUAAAUAAAUAAAUAAAUAAAUGCACACAUUCUACUCAUUUAAAAACACCAGGCAGGCCCCACAAAUAACCCAGAGAUGCUUUUUAAAUAAAAGGACACAUUCUACCCAUGUAAAAACACGCUGAUUCCUGGACCAUCUGUGAGCCGGAUUUAGAAGGCGAUUGGACCACAUCCAGCCCCCGGGCCUUAGGUUGCCUACCCAUGGCAUAUAGCAGGGGUCAGCAACCUUUUUCAGCUGUGGGCCGGUCCACCGUCCUUCAGACCAUGUGGUGGGCCGGACUAUAUUUUUGGGGAAAAAUUUUGAACGAUUUCCUAUGCUCCACCACAAAUAACCCAGUGAUGCAUUUUAAAUAAAAGCAUACAUUCUACUCAUGUAAAAACACCAGGCAGGCCCCACAAAUAACCCAGAGAUGCAUUUUAAAUAAAAGGACAAAUUCUACUCAUGCAAAAACAUGCUGAUUCCCAGACCUUCCGUGGGCCGGAUUGAGGAGGCGAUUGGGCCGCAUCCGACCCACGGGCCUUGGGUUCCCUACCCUUGGCAUAUAGCAUAGGGACUGCAGUGGGAGCUAGGAACUGGCACAAGUGGACAGGGCAUUAAGCUUGAUUGAAAGUGCCUUCUGCUGGCUCAAAGAACCUCCUGAAUUAUAACGUGUGUGUGUGUGUGUGUGUGUGUGUGUGUGUGUGUGUGCGUGCUGUUCAACAAUGUCAGUUGAAGGUUGUCUGAUUAAUAUAAACUUACUAUCACCAGAAGUUGGAAACAAAUCCUUUGGGAGUUGAAUCUACAAGGUGCUGAUGGAGGAUGUCUUUUAUGUUGAUCUAAUUAUGUAUGGUCUUUUUAAUGGUGAGCCCAAAAAAAGCUCUAAGUUGGUUGGACAUAAAUGUUAAGUUGGGCAAUCUUUGCCAAACUGGUGUUCUCCGAAAGUUUCGAAUGAUAGUAAUCCAAAACAUCUUGUGGAUACCAGGUUGGUUGAAUGAUUCUCUAGGUGAUGCACUUUCCAGGCUUGAUUUCUGUGACAAAGUACUAUGAUAAAGAUUUCUGUGGAUAUUCUAGGAUGCGGGAAUAAAUUAAUACAUGUAGCUAUGGCAAAUUUGGGGGAAGGAUUGGACAUUAGGUUUUGAAGCUGAAAUGUGUCAUCUAGAAACAUUUAAAAUAUACCUGUAUGCUGCAUCGUUGGCAGGUGACACUGAUUUAAUAUUUUACUGACAUUUGGUUUGUCAAAGUAUAUGUGGCCAUUGAUUUACUCCUCUAAAAAUAACCAGAGCAGUAUGGUUUGUUUUGCAAUUGAAUUUUUCCACUAAAAAUUCAUAUCUGAUAGUAAGAAAAGCUUCAAGGAAUUGUUAAACACAUCUUGUUUUUCUCGCGUGUGUGUGUGUGUGUGUGUGUGUGUGUGUGUGUGUGAGAGAGAGAGAGAGAGAGAGAGAGAGAGAGAGAGAGAGAGAGAGAGAGAUAAGAGAAGUAUACAAGUUCAUGCUGUGGUUUCUGAAAGCAGUCAUGCGCUGCCAGCAGGCAUUAACUUAAAACAAUGUUAUACUCUGUUAUUCAGUACUGUACACGUAGAGCAAAGCUUUCUGCUGUUUCUUCUAUGUCUUUCUUUUGAGCUAGAGGAUGCUGUUGCUUUAAAAUCAAGGACUGACAAGAGUUGUUUUCUGCAGCACACUGGUUCUGCUUUGUAUAGUGCUUUAUGCAAAUAAGCUGCCUGAUCAGUCUGCUUGCAGUUAGUUGCUCUGUUGGGUGGCUCACAAAGAAUCAGUAGACCCAAUUCAGCAUUCAGUUGUUUAAAACGGCAGAUGGAAGGAAAGGAUGGUGAGCUGUGGAUUUGUUAACACCUUGCAAAAAAGACUACAGUGAUUCCACUGAGGAUCAGAAUGUUGCUAGUGAAUGGAUCUGGGCUUUAUUUGUGCCUAGGUCACUUUAUAAUGGCAUGGUUAGCUUGUGUGACUCCAGUCACAAAGAAGCUGGUGAAAAUAUGUAUAUAUCCACCCUCUUUCAGAGCCAGAAAAUUAUAUCUGACUGAGACACUCGUUGGUAGCAGCUGUCCUAGCAGGAAAAGGAGCUUUUUGAGGAGCUGUUAGUAAUAGGGUGAAGUCUGAGUUUUCGACGUCAUUAUUACACUUUUAAUAAGUGGAAUGACUUGAUGAAUAUCUUUUAAAGUACAAGAUUUAUGUGAUAUCUGUCUAAGUGAAUCAUCCAGAAAGGAAAGUUGGUUGAUUGCUUUUUGUUGUGUGUGCUGAUCAGAAGGCAGGAUCUGUUGCCUGAAAACCCUUUCUAAGAUUACUUUACUUAAAAAAAAAAAAAGAUUGCUUCCUUCACAAUACUUCCUUUGUUUGCAACUUUGCUUGUCAAAGCCUCUAAAAAGCAAGCUGAGGAAGUUCGGUUCACUUUAUAUUCUGCCUUGUCUCUUAGAAUUUUUUGUUUGUAGUUCUCUUCUGUUUAUCAUAUUUUUGCUGCUUUUUCUUGGAUAUUGAAAUGAGAUUUUAGGGUCACAUGUAGGAGGAAACGUUUUGGACUUUGUGUUGAAAAGGUGUAUUUUGAAAACAACUAUAUCAUGGGGUUGGAAGAUACCAUAAUACGGAGUAAAGAACAUCUAUAAGAAAUAAUGCAUGUGCCACUUCAGUCUGGGAUAUGAAAUGGAAGAGCUUAUUUAGGACUGUACUGUCAAUGAUGAAAGCACUGCCAAUGAAUGAAUUCUUACGCAUUCAAAACACGUGUUUCGGAUUGGAACUACAUAAAAGGAGAAGUUAGCUCUCAGCACAGAACUAAAAGAAGGAAAAUCAUGUCUACUACGUUCAAGGAAGAAGGAGCCCAGCGUACUUGAGACAUCAGAAACAAAAGAAUAUGCUACUGUAUUUGAAGACUCUGACAUUUGCUUUGUCUGUACAGAGGAUAAAGGAAUUUUGCAUGUUCAACAUAAUGAAAUUCCUGUGUGAAUGUGGGAUUUUUACAUUCAUUUGACUAACCGAAGAUGUUUUAAAAACGAAUGAAUUGGAGCAGUGCUUUUUCAAGGAAACAAGAUUUGUAUUUUCAAAGCUUAUUGUACUCUCGAGAUAUAUGCAGCUGUUGUAGUUUGUUCUGCUUGUGCAGGAGAUCAGUUUGACCAAAGUAAGGAGAAAAUAUGAAUUGAUUGCUUUUGGCAUAUUGUUCGUACUUGCAUUCCUAGGUGUUUAACCUGUACACACAAGUGUGUGAGAGCAAAAACAUCUCCAUACUGGAACCUAGAUUCUCAAUAGACUUGAAUAUGUUGUGACAGUGUCAAUAAGGAAGCAGAUUAAAGUGUGUGUAUAUAAGUGAGCAGAGGCACUGGCUGUUACUCUUCGUGAUAGAGGAAGCUACUUUUUCUUUAUAUGCAAAGAAGAAACAUUGAAAAUAAGGGAGAAAACAGCACAAGUGAGGAACAGGAGAGUAUUGAAAGAUUUUGAUAACCUAGAGUUGCUGAGAGUUGAAAAUAUGGAUGAUUCGAGCAUUCUACGAAGGAGGGGGUUACAGAAGGAACUUAGUCUCCCUAGAAGAGGAAGUUUUUGUAGGACCAGUAAUAGAAAGAGCUUGAUCGUAACCUCCAGCACAUCUCCAACACUUCCUCGACCACAUUCUCCACUCCAUGGCCAUGCAGGUGGAAGUCCGUUGGACAGUCCCAGAAAUUUCUCCCCAAAUGCACCCUCUCACUUUUCCUUCGUUCCUGCCCGUAGCCAUGGACACAGGGCAGACAGGACAGAUGGGCGUCGUUGGUCCCUGGCCUCCCUCCCUUCAUCUGGAUAUGGAACAAACACUCCCAGUUCAACAGUUUCAUCAUCAUGUUCAUCUCAGGAGAAGCUGCACCAACUGCCUUAUCAGCCAACACCAGAUGAACUCCAUUUCUUGACAAAGCACUUCAGCACAGAGAGCAUCACUGAUGAGGAAGGGCGGCAUUCUCCAGCAAUGCGCCCCCGAUCUCGCAGCCUCAGUCCUGGCCGUUCUCCAGUGUCCUUUGACAGUGAAAUAGUAAUGAUGAACCAUGUAUACAAAGAAAGGUUUCCAAAGGCCACAGCCCAGAUGGAGGAACGGCUGGCCGAGUUUAUUGCAUCCAGCGCACCAGAGAACGUGCUACAGCUAGCAGAUGGGGUCCUAAGUUUCAUUCACCAUCAAGUUAUUGAAUUGGCCAGAGACUGCUUGGAUAAAUCACGUGAAGGACUUAUUACUUCUCGGUACUUUUAUGAGUUGCAGGAAAACCUUGAGAAGCUCCUACAAGAUGCUCACGAGCGAUCAGAGAGCUCAGAAGUGGCAUUUGUUACCCAGUUGGUGAAGAAGUUGAUGAUAAUCAUUGCACGGCCAGCACGAUUGCUAGAAUGUCUGGAGUUUGAUCCUGAAGAGUUCUACCAUCUGCUAGAAGCUGCUGAAGGCCAUGCCAAGGAAGGAGAAGGAAUUAAAUGUGACAUCCCUCGUUAUAUUAUUUGCCAGCUGGGACUCACCAGGGAUCCCCUGGAGGAAAUGGCCCAGUUGAACAGCUUUGAUAGUCCAGACACUCCAGAGACAGAUGAUUCUACUGAAGGAAAGAGUCGGGGAGCCACUGUGCAAGCCAAGAAAACUCCAUCUGAAGAGGAAUUUGAAACAAUUAAGCUAAUCAGCAAUGGUGCAUAUGGUGCAGUGUUCUUGGUGCGCCACAGAACUACCCGUCAGCGCUUUGCUAUGAAGAAGAUCAAUAAGCAUAAUCUCAUUUUGAGGAACCAAAUUCAACAAGCUUUUGUGGAAAGAGACAUACUAACAUUUGCAGAGAAUCCCUUUGUUGUGAGCAUGUUCUGCUCUUUCGAAACCAAGAGACACCUAUGCAUGGUUAUGGAGUAUGUGGAAGGAGGUGAUUGUGCAACUCUCUUGAAGAACAUUGGAGCUUUACCUGUUGAUAUGGCAAGAAUGUAUUUUGCAGAAACUGUUCUGGCACUGGAAUAUCUCCACAAUUAUGGCAUUGUCCACCGUGACCUAAAGCCUGACAAUCUUCUCAUAACAUCGAUGGGUCACAUCAAGCUGACAGACUUUGGCCUCUCUAAAAUAGGCUUAAUGAGCUUGACAACCAACCUAUAUGAAGGACACAUUGAGAAAGAUGCCAGAGAAUUCUUGGAUAAGCAGGUGUGUGGGACUCCAGAAUACAUUGCUCCAGAAGUGAUCUUGCGGCAGGGUUAUGGAAAGCCUGUGGAUUGGUGGGCCAUGGGAGUAAUCUUGUACGAGUUUCUACUUGGCUGCGUUCCAUUUUUUGGCGACACACCGGAAGAAUUAUUUGGACAAGUUAUCCAUGAUGAAAUUGCCUGGCCAGAAGGAGAUGAUGCUUUACCACUAGAUGCGCAGGACCUUAUCGGUAAACUUCUCCGUCAAAAUCCUAUGGAAAGGCUGGGAACAGGGAGUGCUUUUGAGGUGAAGCAACACAGAUUCUUCAAGGAUUUAGACUGGAAUGGAUUACUCCGACAAAAGGCAGAAUUUAUUCCACAGUUAGAAUCGGAAGAUGACACAAGCUACUUUGACACUCGCACCGAGCGAUAUCAGCAUUUAGAUUCUGAGGAAGAGGAUGACACGAAUGACGAUGAUCAUGUGGAACUUAGACAGUUUUCCUCAUGUUCACCAAGAUUUAGCAAGGUGUACAGCAGUAUGGAACGUCUUUCCAUCCACGAAGAGAAGAAAACGCCACCACCUACCAAGCGUAGCCUGAGUGAGGAAAAAGAUGACAGGCUAGAAAGCCUUGGCCUGAAGUGUCGAGACCGCAGCUGGGUGCUUGGGUCUCCUGAAAUACUGCGUAAACAUCUCUCAGUGUCUGAAUCCUCUCACACAGAGAGUGACUCCAGUCCACCUCUGACUGUACGCCGGCGAUGCUCUGGGCUUCUUGACAUGCCCCGCUUUGCCAUUUCAGCUGAGGAAGAAGGUAAAAAGAAACAGCUGGAUGGGACACAGCCACGGGAAACCCAUCCUCUUCCAAUUCCAGAACAACCUGUGGAGCGAGAACUACAACUGGAUGAUGAGGAUGGGUUAAAAACACCCUCUUCAACUAUCAGUAAUAUGAGCAGCUCAACACUGACAGCUGGAAGCACUACAGACUUCUCUGAUCAGUGCACUCGCAGUAAUAGCAACGAGGGCCCAGAGUUUACUACUCCUAAAGCCACAAGUGACUUGGCAGUGCGGCGAGCCCGACAUAGGCUACUGUCUGGGGAGUCUGGGGAAAAACGGACCACGCGUCCUGUUAAUAAAGUGAUUAAGUCAGCAUCGGCCACAGCCCUCUCUCUCCUAAUUCCCUCAGAGCACCAUACGUGUUCUCCAUUGGCUAGUCCAAUGUCCCCUCAUUCUCUCUCCUCCAAUCCAUCUUCAAGAGACUCGUCUCCAAGUCGGGACUUUUCUCCUGCUGUCAUGAAUCCCAAACCACCAAUCAUCAUCCACCGAGCUGGGAAGAAAUACGGCUUCACACUUCGUGCUAUUAGAGUCUACAUGGGGAACAGUGAUGUCUACACAGUGCAACACAUGGUCUGGCACGUAGAAGAAGGUGGCCCUGCAAGUGAGGCUGGUCUGAGAGAAGGAGACUUGAUAACCCAUGUGAAUGGAGAGCCUGUACAUGGACUGGUUCAUACUGAAGUGGUGGAGUUGGUCUUGAAGAGUGGAAAUAAAGUGUCCAUUUCUACUACACCUUUUGAGAACACGUCAAUUAAAGUGGGGCCAGCUCGGAAGGCCAGCUAUAAAUCAAAGAUGGCAAGGAGGAACAAGAAAAGCAAAACAAAAGAUGGACAGGAAAGUAAGAAGAAGAGCUCUCUGUUCAGGAAGAUUACCAAGCAGGCUUCUCUGCUUCACACCAGCAGGAGUUUAUCUUCUCUCAACCGUUCUCUGUCAUCUGGAGAGAGUGUUCCUGGUUCACCUACUCACAACCUCUCCCCUCGUUCACCAACACAGAGUUACCGAUCUACUCCUGAGUCUGCACAUUCAGUUGGUGGAAACUCGUCUCAGAGCAGUUCACCUAGUUCGAGUGUUCCCAACUCCCCUGCUAGUUCGGGACAUAUCCGACCCAGCUCUUUGCAUGGACUAGCACCAAAGCUUCAACGGCAAUAUCGAUCUCCACGACGUAAAUCUGCAGGGAACAUUCCUCUCUCGCCACUAGCUCACACUCCCUCGCCAACCCCACAGUCUACGUCGCCUCAGCGCUCCCCUUCUCCUUUGCCAGGGCAUUCAGUUGGCAGUUCAGGCAUCAUGCAAUCAUUUCCUGUCAAGUUACACUCAUCCCCACCUCUUGUCCGACAGAUUUCAAGGCCCAAAAGUGCUGAGCCGCCAAGAUCCCCUCUGCUGAAGAGAGUUCAGUCAGCUGAAAAACUUACCUCCCCUCUCUCUUCAGAAAAAAAGAUGUCGUCUUCGCGCAAGCAUAGCUUGGACAUCUCCCAUUCAGAAUUCAAAAAGGAGAUGCUCCAGAGAGAUCCUGGCCUCCAAAGUUGGCAGGAAUCCAUGAGUGAAACAACUGGAGGCAAAGUUGGACUUGCAGAAAAAGGGACCCUGCAGAAACCUUCUUCCAGAAAACUGGGACCUAUUCGGCAUGAUAGGGUGGAGCGAAGGGAGUCUCUACAGAAGCAGGAGGCCAUCACAGAAGUAGAUUCUUCUGAAGAUGAAACUGACGAAGGAUCAGAAGAUAGUCAAGAUGGGAAGAAAAUGGACAGGCCAGCCUUCAGUACAGACCACCAGGUUUCUGAUCCUUUCUCCGAGGAUAUGAAGCGUUCUUCCAAGAUGGAAAGCAAAGACAGUAUGGAGGAUGAUGCGUUUCUUCCUGAGGAACAAAAAACUGUCAGUUUGCAGAAAGGGGCAAAUCAACACCAACCAAAGGAUGUUGCAAGGACACCACUGGCCGGUAUAGAUGAGUCACAAUCUGAAGUUUGUGUGAGAACUUCUCCUAUUGAAAAAUUUGGCGACUGUGAAGCAGUUAAACUACCAGAUUCUGAAACCCCAUCAGAGUCAGGACAAGGCAAUACUCUCAAACUUGCUAAUCAGAAAUGUGCCUGUUUUGAAGAUGCUGAGGACCCUAAACAAACUCUGAUUAUCCAGGAAAGCAUAGACUGCCCAGAGCAGGUGAAGUGCCUACCAGUGAGAUAUCUGCAGCUCGGUCAAGGUGACUGUUCAGGUCUGGCAAGUAGCAAAGAUAACCUGAAGGAAUUUGCUUCUACGGAAACUACUUAUAUGUUGUCUCAUGAUAUUAUGCCUUUGUUAGCACUUUCUUCUUCUACUUGCACAACUAGCACAAGCUCUCUUCCACUAAUAAGCCAAAUGGACUGCAAAGAUGCACCUCAGAAACAGGAAGCCCAGUCUCUCAAGGAAAGCACCAGUAUUCCGAACCUGACAAGCAGUGGCAAAACAUCUGCACAAAGGUCUCCUGAUGCUGAAGAAUCACAAGGUUUGUCAUCUGCAGCAUCAGUUUCAAAGCACAAAAGUCAUACAAGUGAUACAAACUUAAAUUGUCCUAUAGGAACAGCCGCAGCUGAAAAUGGAAAAUCAGUUUGCCCAGCUCCUUUAGCAAUAGGUGCAAAAGGCAUGUUGGGCCCAGGAAAUAUUAACAUAUCUGGUUCAAGAGAACUAGAAAGAACAAGAGAAGAGUUCCCCCCGAAGGAACUGUUUCAUAUGAAAGAGAGUAUGCCAAAGGAAGAAAUGCAGGAAACAUUAAAGGAAGGCCCAGACCCAGUAACAGCCAAACCUUUCAGCAUAGGUAGUCUCAUUAAAAUAUGUGGUUCCCAUAUUGGGUCUGAAAGCCUAGCAGAGUCUUUGGAGCCAGAGUGUUCAGUGGGAGCAAAAGAGAAGCCAGGGGCUGGUAAUUCUAAGGUACCUGAAAUUUUGGAGGACAGGUGGCAAUUGCUUCCACCUGAAAAACAGGCAGAUGGCACAGCAAGGCAGAGCACAGGGGUUUCUUCUGGACCAGAUUGUACCCAGAAUUCCAAAAAGGAGACUGCUCUGAUGCCAGGAGAAAUCGGAGAGGCUGGAGGUCAAUCACAAACAAGAGACUUCCUGUUGUCAGAUGGUGACGUCAUGAAGAAAACAUAGCAACAUAUCUACAUUCAGAAGCAAAAACAACAUUAGUAGAACACAAAUAUAAAACACAAAACUUGUGCAACUUUUUUGUUGAUUUGUGUUUUCACACUCUUGCCUUUUUCAUUCUUGCAAUUCUAUUUUUGUACUCAGCAUUUGAUGCCUCUUAGCAGGGUAUCUUUAAAGCAAGAUUAAAAAAUGUUUUCCAAACUCCUCUCCCCCCUCCCCUAACAUUUUUGGCCCUAAAUUUGAAGCAUUCUGUUAAAUACCUACUUUCUUUCAAAAUUCCGGGGAAUUACAUUUGCCAAAUUAGACAGCUCACUUGGAAAUGGCACAUUUUGAGCACAAAUUCCAAAUUUUAGUCCUUGUUUCCAAAAAUUUAGGUCAUGACUUUUAAGUUGGCAAGGAUUAAAAUAAACACUUUUGAUGGCAGACUGUUCUGAAUCAUUAUGCCACCUCACAUAUUUUCUUACAUAUCAUAGAUGUCCAUUUUAUGUAUAUCUGUGAGGAAACCUUGUGUUAGCUUGUGCAAUGGGGCAAUACCCUCCUUUUAAAAAGAACGUUAAGCAAAACGUCAAACUAAAGUCUUUAGUUUAUCUUGAUUUUUUUUAAAAGGCUUUGAUUUAAAAGAAUUCUUCUUCUCCUCCCUUUUUAGAAUUUGUAAUCCUUUUUGCUCACAGUAGUCAAUAACCUCAAAAGAGGCACAUGGUGCUUCAGUUAUGCUAACUCAGGAGUAAGGAGCCUAUAGGGUUUCACUGUAAUUGCUAACUUCAACUCCCAUCAUCCCUGCCUAUAGGUCAUGCUGGCUAGGGCUGAUGGGAGUUGCAGUUCAAUAACACCUGGAGGCCACAGGUUCCCCACCCCUGCUUUAGCAACCUUAGCUAAUUUACUAUACUGACAUGUUGCUGGGAGAGGCAAACAUUUGGGACUAUCACACACCCAGUCUUAUGGAGCUAUCUUGAUUGUUGUGGAAGAAAGUUAAAAUCCAGCGAAGUGUUCUAAAUUUUGUGAGUGAGAGAAGUGAUCUUCAUUGAUUCAUCAGGAGGCAGCUAAGACCAAACCGUGUCUAAGUGAAAUAGUCCCGUUAGCAUUAGUGUCUUUCCCAAGUGUAAGUAGGUAAUUCAGUCAAUUGACCCUUCAGUCAUGCAGAAAGUUUAUUAUAAGUCAACGUUCCCUUCCAUUGUUUAAUCCGACUACCUUUCUUAAAUGUCUAUAUUUUCUAAGUAACCUUUUGAAUGUUUUUGAAAGUUCAACAUCAGUUGGUGCUUUUUGCUUAAAGACAUCAGAAUCUAUGAUACUGCACUCAUACAUACAGUAUAGCACUAGCUGCAGCAUUUCAAGUAUAUUACUUAAUCAAUCUAAUUACAGUUUAUAGGCAAAAGUAACUAUUUCCAUAAACUCCACAGUACUCACAACCUUGCCUAACAGAAUGCAUCUGUGUGUGUCUGUGUGAGCAGGGAAAGUAAUUUUUUGCAUAGUCUGCUGUUCUACCUACAGAGGUGAUCACAUGUUGACUAAUAGCUCUCCAGGGCAAGCACUGCAAUUCAUUACAGCACAGCUUUAUUGCUCAGCCAGGUUUCUGAUAUGAAGGCUCUUCCUGUACCAUUUCUCCUUACAGAGCCUACAUGUACUUUUUGACUUGGAAUAUGCUCUUAAAUCCUUAAUUUAUUAUAAUCUCAUUUCAAGUGGUGUCUUGCCCAAACUCCCUGAUUCUCCCCACUACAUAUCCAAUUAUUUGGUUUUAGUUUUGGACCAAUUUAUUUUUGAUUUGGGGUUUUCUUUAUAUUAGCCUGUGUGUGUGUGUGUGUGUGUGUGUGUGUGUGUGUGUGUGUGUGUGUAAUAAAGGGAAUAGUGUGUGUGUUGUAAUGCUGAAGAAAGAUCCAUUGGCUUUCCCAUAUAGAAUUUGAAGCUUCAGUACUCAAAACUUCAAUAGUACCGGUAGUUCCCACAGUGAUUUAAGACCUGCUAAUCUCUCUAAUCCUGCCACCAGUGCACAAUAGCUAAAUUUAUGCAUUAACGUUUUUAAAAUAAACCAUUAGGCUUUCCUCCAUCCAGCCACACCUUUAUCUUACCAGCCUUUCCUAUCACUUCGCUGUGUUGCCCUCAGAACAGAGGCAACUGGGGCCUCAGUGAAUACAUACGUUUAGGGAAAGGGAAUUUAGGGAAGGGGAAUUGAUGGCAUAGCCACUCAGAAAUGCACAUUAACUUGAAUAAUGUAAAAAUAUUAAAUGCAUUGAUUUACACUGUGUGAAUUUGAGCCCCGGGGAUGAAUAAUGUAGCUUCAAACACACCUUGUAGCAUCUGUUUACACAAAGGCAGCCAAAGGAUUUAUAUCUCUAGUUUAGCCAAAUAAAGCAUAUUGGGCCACCUCAUUUCUGUAUAGAUGCCACUUAGUUAUUACCUUUUUAUGUAUUCAUUGUACUAUUACCAGGAAACCUAUGUAAUUGUUAGAGCGUGCAGAAGCCUUCAUUUUUCAUGUUGCUUGAUAUAUUCCUGUAACUGUUGUCCCACUUCAGUAAAAAUUAUUGCCCACAAAAAAUAGUUGCAUCAAAACCACAUAGCAAUAAAUCAGAUUUAUUCUUUGAACAUCAUAUAUAUAUAUAUAUAUAUAUAUAUAUAUAUAUAUAUAGUUCAGACAAUCAUGAUGUUUCUGAGGGAAAAAUUUAAGGUCUUAGGCUUAAUAUUUUUAAGUGCUUAUCAGGAGGCAGCAUGUGAUGAGAGUUGAACUGAUGUUACCAUGUUGAGGAGACAGGUGUUUGCAUAACUAUAAUCUAGUUAAGCCACUAUAUGUAUACAGUGUUGAUCCAGUUAGCUGAGACUGAUCUCCAUGAUGUUCCAUGAAUGGGGGUGAUUGGAUAACUUUGUUUAGGCAUGCAAUAUACACAGUCCCCUUAGCAAGUUGCUUUCCCACUUUCUCUUAUUUUCGUUUGGUGUCUAGAAUUCAACUUUAGUUUCCUUCAUACAGUCUUUAAACCUUUCAAUAUCCAGCUGGUGCAUUUCUCAGCAAUACUUCACACCAUUAUAUGGUGCAUCUAAAACCAUCAAAUAGAUAUUAAGUGUAAAUAUUAGACUUUCGCCUUGCCUAAAAACCACUCCUGGGGAACAAUGCCUAAGACGUUUUUGGUGUUUGUUAUGCUACAGAAGAAUACUCAACAUAGAUAGGGUAAAAGGAAUGACCUGUGGGGCUUUUUUCUCUCAUUAGCACUGAAUUAAGGUGUUCUUUGGGAUUUUGGUUUGUUUCUUCCUGUGGGGAGGAUUGUGUCUUUCUCCAGUUUUCUCUUACUGGACAUGAAGGAUGAUGCCGUACUUCUAGUGGGUGAUUUUACAGCUGUGUGUGUGUUUACAUUGUGUUUUGGUUUUUGUUAUUCUGGAGGCUGUGAGCCCCCCUUUCAAGAUGGGCUUCAAUUUCAAGUUGGUGCCAAUCAGCACCUGACUAGCAGAAACAUAAUGUUGGGAUAUAAGUGUUUUUAAAAACUUGAACAAUUGCCACAUAAUAGAGGUGCAAUAAUUUUUAUUCCUGUUGUACCUGCAUGUUGAUGUUCAAAUACUCCUGAAAUACACUUCAUUUUUUUUACAUAAA